CACUUUUUUUCCUUCUUGGCUUUGCCUUUUAGUACAAAUUCGUUGGCCAUUGAAAUCGCAUGGAUGCGAAUGCGGCCGGUCGCCCAAAAACCGAAAGAAGCGAAUAGAUUAAACCAAAUAUCAAGACAAAACAACCGAAAAAAGGCCACGCAAAAGUUUAAGGUUAAAAUAAAUAAAUAAAUUGGAAAUUGAAAAUUGAAAAAUAGAAAAAUUGAAAAUUUUCGAAUAUUAUUCCCACAACGUGCUUCUCGAACACCAACAACAUUUGGCGGAAAGCACAACACAUGGUCAAAGUGCAGUGCGCGAUUUAUAUCUGAGAUACCUACCAACAAUAACAAAGCAAAAAAAAAAAAUAGAAUAAAGGAAGAAAAAUAAUUAUAAUGCUUCAACCGUAAAGACAAACACAAAACUCAUUUAUUUUCCACGACCAAGACGAAAAAUCUUCAGUGCCCUCUAUUUCGGUUUCGGUUUUGGUCUAUUUCUUUAUUUUUAUUAUUUUUUCUUUUGUGAUAUUUUGGGUGUAAUUUUAAACCCAUUUCUUUUGUUUGUUUUGACAUUGAAAUGCAAUAAGCAUUGGAUAAUGAAAAGUGAAAGAUAUAUACCACUCAUGCAUAGAUUCAUACAUAUUGUGUAUAUACUAUAAGCACCGAACGGAUAUACGUAGAUACUGCAAAUAUUGAACAGAUACACGUAUAAGUGUAUAUAUUAAAUAUAUAUACAAACAUACAUACAUAGGUAAAGCAGAUUCACCAGGAGAAUGACCAGUCGAGGUAUACGGCGUAAAAAGUCCACACUGACGGAGUUAAAGAUUGCCGUAAUUGGGGCGCCCAGUGUGGGAAAGAGUGCUUUAAUUGUCCGUUUUUUGACAAAACGUUAUAUCGGGGAGUAUGAUCAUCAGACAGAGAAUCGCUAUAAACACGAAGCGAUGGUGGAUGGCGAGCCGGUUCUCUUUGAGAUUCUAGACACCUGUCCAAAGGCUGAAGAUGAAUAUCCAAAUGCCGCCGAACUGGUGCAAUGGGCCGAUGGCCUCCUCCUUGUCUACUCGAUAACCGAUCGUAAAAGUUUCAAUUAUAUACGCCGAGCCAAAUCCGAUCUUCAGUCCGAUACACCUGUUCAAUUGUGUGCCAAUAAAGUCGAUAUGGUCCAUCUGCGGCAAGUGUCCCGCGACGAGGGUGAAAUUCUAGCCAAAGACUUUGAAUGCAAAUUCAGUGAAGUUUCUGCAGCGGAUCACGUUGAUCAAGUGGCUGAAGUCUUCAACGAACUCUGCAAAGAGGUUCUCGCCUCCAAGCGCAAAUCCAAGCAGAGUCUUCUCGAACGAAUGCUGGGCGGGGCACGACCCUACAGCAGGGGAAAGAGUGACAGUAAUUUGCCAAAAGACUGACUGUUGCAAAUGCCAAAUGUCAUUUGACAGAGGUAGUGGUAGAUGGGUUUUUUAAUGUAAAUAAAUUGUACAGUUUUUUUCUAAAAAAAAAAAAAAUUAAUAAAAAAUCAAACAAACAAAAAAAGAAAUAAAAGGUUUGCUGACUAUAUCGGAGCAAUUUAUUCCGUAAUUUAUUCAUUGUUGUGGGUCUCACACGUUUCACUAAGAUAAUAGACAAUUGUUUCUUUUAAAUGAUUUAAUCUAUCAGUCCAUCGAUUAAGACUUUUACCGUUA